UUAAAAAUCAUACAUGCAUGUCCAGGAGUAUAAUACAAGUGACGUUGUUCGGUUAUAUUACAAAUUAAUACAAAACGAAUAAAACAUUUAAAGUUACUAUAUCUAAAUGUCUGUAUGAAAAUAUAGAUUCAUAUUUCUAAUUACAAAAAAAAUGAAUUAUGUAAAAGAAAAUUUUAUGUUCAGUUCCAUACACCUACGUUAUGCUGCUAGCUAUUUUAAAGUGCAAUGUGGUGACGUGUAAAUUCAUCUCAUAAACCGAUUUUAUUAUAUUAUUAUAUUAUAUAGUUGUGCAGUAGUGUGUUUUUUGCUACUUGUGUGCAAACAACGCCUUCUCUGUGAUUGGCCAUUUGUAAUUUGCUAUAGUUGAGAAUUGAGCAGGCACCAUUCAGUUUAAUAUACUCUGAUGUUAGUUAAGUUGCAUCACUUAAACUAACACUUGACGAAAUCUUCAAGAUUUAUACGGUAUACCAAAAGCAACAUGUCAAACGUUGGUUACGAGGCUAAAGAUAUAUCUGAUAUAUGCUUAUCAACCAAGGUUCCUCUUUCCUACUCUAUUGAAUCUAUACUAGGAUCUAAAAAAAAACCGCAGAUCAAAAUCCUGCCGUUACCACCACCACCACCUCUAAUUCGUGUCGAUUGUCAACCAGAAUAUAUUAAGAAAGAAACACUACUGGGUUGUCAAGAAAACCAAGAAAAAACAGGCCGUGAUAUCGAGCAUGAACACAUCGACAGAAAUUCACCUCCAAAAUUAAGCAAUAUUCGACGUUCACGCAGAAGGUUUACCACGUACCAGCUUGUUCAACUCAAAAAGACGUUCGAAAAAACUUGGUAUCCAGACAAAGCGAUACGCGAAGCACUUGCGCUAAAUUUCGGUGUAAGCGAAUAUCGUGUUCAGCGUAGUUUUCUUUUGGUGAUUAGUUCUGAGAUGGCUUAUUUUAUACCCAGUGCUGUGUUUCUUAUUCUGUCAAGACGAGUGACUCCUUCUUGUAGGUUUUGCAGGCAGGUAAUUUCAAAUGUGUGGUUUCAAAACCGACGUGCCAAGUGGAGGAAGAUGGAUAAAAUCAUAUUUCAUAAAAGUUCAAACAUCUUUUUAUUAAGUAAUAAAGAAGUGAACCAGCCUUUAAUAGAUAACCGACCAUUUACCCACACAUACUCUUCCUGGAAGCAGUGGAAAUUUAAUCUGUCUGUGGAUGCAAAACCCUUUGUGACGCCAUAUCUGUUUCUCAACAGCGUUUUAAUGCCUUCACAUCCCGGAGUCUUUGCAACCAAUCCCUGCCCACAGAUAUCAUUUGUUAAACCAAUAAUCCCAGCUUUACGUCAUAGAGAGACGUGCUCCAUAGAUUGUGUUCUCCAGAAGUGACUGAUAUUUAAAGAAAUCUCUUUUAUAUUUAAAAAAAAUUGUUAAAAGGGAAAAUAACAUAGGAAUAAUACCUUUUUGAUAUCUAUGUUCUUGUGCUUAUGUAUGUAUAUAAAACUAAACAAGCAAAGCUCUUCUAUAAAGUGAGUUUAUAUCUUACACAUUUGAACAAUUUCCUUAAAUAAAACCAGUAUGCAUACUUUAUUGGUUUCCAAAACAUAGUGAUUACAUCACCAUUAUACAUAACCUGUAUGAAGAAAUAAUGAGUGAUCGUGAUUAUGCUUUUCAUUUUACAUUAGUGUUGCUAUUUUUUCACAUAAACUUAAAAAGUACGGUAUUAGAGGCAUUCCACUUUAACUUAUAAAAAGCUACCUUACCAAUCGUAAUCGGUUUACCACUGUCAGAGGUGUUGUUUACUCUUUCUCUCACCAAGUUCAUUAAAGUAAUUGCAUUAUUUUCAAUCAACAAAAUUAUAUCAAAAUUAAGGACGAUUUAUUUAUUGAUAACAUCAUAAUAAUUCGUGUAAAUUAAACUAAAACCUUAGGUUUAAUUAUUGACUACAUACUAUCUUGGAAACCGCAUGUUAUCUAGGUAUCCAACAUAAUUGCAUGCAAUAUUGGUAUGCUAAACAAGCUUAAACAUUAUUUUCCAUCUGAAAUUCUAUUGACCUUAUAUAAUACUUUAAUAUUACCUUAUAUUUCGUAUUGCAAUAUUGCAUGGGGUAUUACUUCGAAAUAGUAUGUCCCUGAACCAGCUAAUAGACAAACAUUGAUUAAUAUUCCGUCUUUAAUAAUGAGCCCUUCAGAUAUACUCAGGUGAUUAUUACAGAGCACAAACUAAACAUAUGUUUACCAUUUUAAUGUUUUAAAUAUAUAUGAUUUAAAUAACAAUUUAAA